AACGCGCUUCUCUUGCGAACCGAUCGGCUUUUUUAAUUUAUAUUAAUUGUUAUAGAACUAUUUUCACUUGCACGAUCAGUUUAAUACUACAAAAGCAAAAUGUCGUAUAUGUUAGCACAUUUACACAAUGGAUGGCAGGUGGACCAGGCAAUACUCUCCGAGGAGGACCGAGUUGUGGUCAUCCGUUUCGGGCACGAUUGGGACCCGACCUGCAUGAAGAUGGACGAGGUGCUGUACAACAUUGCGGAGAAGGUAAAAAACUUUGCCGUCAUCUAUCUGGUGGACAUUACGAAGGUUCCGGAUUUCAACAAGAUGUACGAAUUGUACGACCCCUGCACGGUGAUGUUCUUCUUCCGCAAUAAACACAUCAUGAUCGAUUUGGGGACGGGUAACAACAACAAAAUCAACUGGCCUCUCGAGGACAAACAGGAGAUGAUCGAUAUCGUCGAGACGGUGUACCGUGGGGCGAGAAAGGGUCGAGGUUUAGUGGUAUCACCGAAAGAUUACUCCACGAAGUACCGAUACUAGCAUGUGGACUGUGUUGUAAAGUAUAGAAUUACGCUACCAAUAAGAUUGAUAUUUAAUUUAAACUAC